AUGGGAGAGCCAUUGAGUGCCACCUCUUUGGUGGUACUAGUAUUGCUAAGCUGCCUAGCUACAAGAAAUGUGGAGGCUCAGGGUGCCACGUGGAUGAAGCCUGCAUCAAAGGGUGCUCAACCUUCUCAGGUAACACAGGGCAGUACUUUUCCACAGCCAGGACAGCCUACAUAUCCUGGACAGCAAGGGAUCAACCCAGUGCCACAGCCAGGACAGCCUACAUAUCCUGGACAGCAAGGGAUCAUCCCAGUGCCACAGCCAGGACAGCCUACAUAUCCUAAACCAGUGCCACAGCCAGGACAGCCUACAUAUCCUAAACCAGUGCCACAGCCAGGACAGCCUACAUAUCCUGGACAGCAAGGGAUCAUCCCAGUGCCACAGCCAGGACAGCCUACAUAUCCUACAUAUCCUGGACAACCUAACAUCAACCCAGCUCCGCAACCAAGACCCCCUACAUAUCCUACAUAUCCAGGACAACCUGACAUCAAACCAGUUCCGCAACCAAGACCCCCUACAUAUCCUACAUAUCCAGGACAACCUGACAUCAAACCAGCUCCGCAACCAAGACCCCCUACAUAUCCUACAUAUCCAGGACAACCUAACAUCAAACCAGCUCCGCAACCAAGACCCCCUACAUAUCCUACAUAUCCAGGACAACCUAACAUCAAACCAGCUCCGCAACCAAGACCCCCUACAUAUCCUGGACAACCUAACAUCAAACCAGCUCCGCAACCAAGACCCCCUACAUAUCCUACAUAUCCUGGACAACCUAACAUCAAACCAGCUCCGCAACAAAGACCCUCUACAUAUCCUGGACAACCUAACAUCAAACCACCUACGCAACAAAGACCCUCUACAUAUCCUGGACAAACUAAUAUCAAACCACCUACGCAACAAAGACCCUCUACAUAUCCUGGACAAACUAAUAUCCAAUCACCUACGCAACAAAGACCCUCACAAGUUUACUAUGACCAGUCUCGACAGGAGCCACAGAUCUCUCCACCACUGAAUCAAGAAUACCAACCUCGCCCAGUGUUGCCAAAGGACCCUAAUGACUUGAGUUGUGAGGUGGACCCCAAUGUGAGGAUCCCAUGUGGAAGUCCUCAAAUCUCUGCUGCUGAAUGUGAAGACAUAAACUGUUGCUUUGAUGGCCAACAGUGCUUCUUCGGAAAGGCUGUGACCAUCCAAUGUACAAGGGAUGCUCAGUUCAUUGUUGUCGUGGCCAGAGAUGCAACACUGCCCAACAUUGACCUUGAGUCAAUCUCAAUGUUGGGGGGAGGUCAAGGCUGUACACACGUUGACUCUAAUUCAGCCUUUGCCAUCUACCAGUUUGCUGUUACUGGCUGUGGCUCUGUUGUUUCGGAGGAGCCUGGGACUAUAGUCUACGAGAACCGUAUGUCAUCCUCAUUUGAGACGUUAGUAGGGGGACGUGGAAUAAUUACCAGGGAUAGCCAGUUUGAAUUGACUUUCCAGUGUAGGUUUAGAGGCUCUUCUGUGGAAGUCUUGGUUGUGGAAGUAUUACCAUUACAAGAGCCUCCUUUACCUGUUGCUGCUUUUGGACCAAUCAGCGUACAAAUGAGGUUGGCUAACGGGCAGUGCUUAACAAAGGGUUGUAAUGAAGUGGAUGUAGCCUAUAGCUCUUUCUAUACGGAUGCAGACUACCCUGUGACCAAAGUACUGAGGGACCCAGUGUAUGUGGAGGUUCAGCUCCUUGAGAAGACAGAUCCAAACCUAGUCUUGACUCUUGGUCACUGUUGGACAACCACAAGCCCCAACCCUCACAGCCUGCCCCAGUGGGACAUUCUGAUAGAUGGGUGUCCAUACAGAGAUGAUCGCUACUUGUCCUCACUGGUUCCAGUCGGUGUCUCCUCUGGUCUGAACUUCCCAAGUCACUACAGGCGUUUCAUUUUCAAAAUGUUUACCUUUGUGGACACCAGCACACUAACGCCCAUGAGGGAGCAGGUGUACAUCCACUGUAGUACAACUGUGUGCAGUGCCGCUUCUGGCAGUUGUGAGCCAUCAUGCUUCGCGAAAAACAGGAAAAGGAGAGACGUUGAAGCUACAUACCAGGUGAUGAAUGAACCAAAGGUUGUGGUGUCUUCUGGACCUGUGCACAUGUACGUCCCUGCAGAAACCAGCGAAGAAUAAGGAGCAUGAGCAUUUGGCUGAGACCAUUGAGU